GACACAGAUCGGGUAGUAUCGGUGGCUAACUGAAGCUAAGCGCUAAAGAAGCCCAGGCUGUGCAGUGGGUUGUUUAGGAUUAAGGAGUUGCCCGGCAGUGGCCACCUUAUUGAGAAUAAUGGCUAACGAUAUAGCUGCAAUCUGAGGUCUAAACGGCGCGCUCAGAUCCGGUCCAAACCUCUGCACCAUCCUUCUACCCCUCGCCCUGCUGCAGUUGUCCCAGGGUUGCCUCACCGCUGGACGUCCUGAACAUGGCGCCCGUCCUGUCCCCCACUGAAGGCUGACCAGAGGGAGACAGCACUCCGGGAGAUGUUUCCGAGUGGCCUUGUGGACGCAGUAGCUGGCUUGCGGAGUGCACUUCAACGGCUAAUAAUACAUCUGUGCUAACGUCCCUGCACUGGCUACCCAUCUCCCUCCUCUCAACAUGGAAAUCUAGCACCUAGGAUUUGUAAAUUUGUAUGUAAUCGUCAAGGAAAAUUGCGGGAAGACACUUAACUCAUACAAGUGUCUUUUAACUGAAAAUACUUUGACUUUCUCUAGCCCCAAUUUACUACUCUUCUGGUGUAAUUGGAGUUUCUAUGGUUUGCAUGGCUGGAAAAUAACCGUGGAGAGGCCAGGGUAUCACAAGCUUAUGGAUUUUGAUAAAAAAGGGGGCAAAGGAGAUACCGAAGAAAGCAAAAAGAUGUCUAAGACGGCAGGCAGCAGGACUGGACAUGGGGGCCGCAGUUCAGGGACCAACUCCGGAGUGCUCAUGGUCGGACCCAACUUCCGCGUCGGGAAGAAAAUCGGCUGUGGGAAUUUCGGGGAGCUCCGUCUGGGGAAAAAUCUGUACACUAACGAAUAUGUGGCCAUCAAGCUGGAACCAAUAAAGUCGAGGGCACCACAGCUCCAUUUGGAAUAUAGAUUUUACAAACAGCUGGGAAACUCAGAGGGGAUCCCCCAGGUGUACUACUUCGGUCCGUGUGGUAAAUAUAACGCCAUGGUGCUGGAGCUGCUCGGGCCCAGUCUAGAGGACCUGUUUGACCUCUGCGACCGCACCUUCUCCCUCAAGACCGUCCUCAUGAUAGCCAUACAGCUGAUAACGCGGAUGGAGUACGUCCACACUAAGAGCCUGAUCUACAGAGAUGUGAAGCCGGAGAACUUUCUGGUGGGACGACCCGGGAGCAAGAGGCAGCACACGAUCCACAUCAUCGACUUUGGUUUGGCCAAAGAGUACAUCGACCCCGAGACCAAAAAACACAUCCCCUAUCGGGAGCACAAGAGUCUAACAGGGACGGCACGCUACAUGAGCAUCAACACACAUCUGGGCAAAGAGCAAAGCAGAAGGGACGAUUUGGAGGCACUGGGUCACAUGUUUAUGUACUUUCUUCGAGGUAGCCUUCCAUGGCAGGGCCUAAAGGCAGACACUUUGAAAGAGCGGUACCAGAAAAUCGGGGACACUAAACGGGCCACACCAAUAGAAGUUCUUUGUGAAAAUUUCCCAGAAAUGGCCACCUACCUGCGAUAUGUGAGAAGACUGGAUUUCUUUGAGAAGCCGGACUACGACUACUUAAGGAAGCUCUUCACUGACCUCUUCGAUAGAAACGGCUUCGUCUUUGACUACGAGUAUGACUGGGUCGGCAAAUCACUCCCCACUCCUAUAGGCCCCAUCCCCAGCGACACGCCCCUACAGCCCAGCAGCAGAGACAAAGCACAACAGCAGACCAAAAACCCGUCGCCCGAGCCCAAAGGAAGCGAGUCUCAGCCCACCCCCGUGACCAAUAAGGAGACUUUGGGGUCCCACCUCACAGCUGAGCGCUUGGGGGGCUCUGUACAGGUGAUGAGCUCCACGAACGGAGAGCUGAACACGGACGACCCCACAGCGGGACACUCCAACGCCCCCAUCACCGCGGCAACCGAGGUCGAGGUGGCAGACGAAACCAAGUGCUGUUGUUUCUUCAAGAGGAGAAAGAGGAAAGCUCUCCAGCGGCACAAAUAAAGCUUGGAACUUGAAUUGUUGUGGUCACUGUCGCGUUUUAAAUGGAAGCAACUGCACCGCCCCCCCCGCCCCCCCCCACUACCACCAUUACCACCACCACCAAACCCACCCAACAAACUGCCCCCAGACACCCCGCCCGCCCCUCCUCCUGCCACGUUUACCCCCGUGCGCUCUCUCGCUCUCGAUUCAAGGAAUGUUGAAGUCCUCUUUGACUCCGCAACAAACUUUGAUUCCUUUGAAAAAACUUUAUUACUCCAAAAGUGGGGGAGUGACGUUUAAAAGCUGUAAAACAAAACUAUGUGGCGUGAAAAUGAAAAAGUUGUAUUUAGAUUCCAUAAAGGACGUGUAUUGUUCAGGGGAAAUGUGAGUGAAUGGAAACGCUCCUAAAGUAACCCGGUACCACUUUACUGUCGGUUUGCGUUUAUUUAUGGUUUAAAAUGGGGAAAAUAGUUGGUAUUUUUAGGACUUAAACACGUUAUAAGGUAUUUAAAGAGAAAUACUGCGAUAAAUGAUAAUAUUGCCGCUACUUUCCGCUGAUUCAAUAACAAUAAUGCAGGAUAAUUACCGGAAAUUGGUCAGAAAAUAGCUAUGAAAGUCACUUAUUCAACCUUUUACAGCUUAAACGUUUUUGUAUUAAGAACUAAAAUACCCCAAAUCUCCUACUUUUACAAAGAAAACGUACACACGAUAAAUAUUGAGCUCCAAAAUGUAUUGUUCUUAUGGUCUGUAGCUGCCCAAAAGAUGUGAUUUUAUUUUUAUUAACUGGGAAAAUGUGAUGAAUUACAUAGAUUUUUACCCUUUAAUUCCAUGAUUUGUGCGUUCAGCUUUAGAAAAUAUUGAGUUAAGGGAUCGGAAUAUUUUGCGUUUUAAGAAGAGUUUGCCCCUGAUCCAUGUUCACAUUUAUUUAUUAACACAAGUAAAAGUACAAACUGAGCCAUGUCCACGAAUACUGGAAAAUAUUAAGAUGGUUUAGGCGUAACAUCUGGCAAAACAGAAACUUGUAAGGGAGGGUUGGGCGAUAUGAUGAUUUAGCACAAGUUUUAUUUAAUCUUAUUCAAAAAGGAUUUCAAAAUAUAUUUCCUGAACAGAUACAGACUUUUACUGAUUGCAUUUAUCUCAAAAAAUGUCAAAUUUCCUCCUGUAAUACCGGAACUCUGCUCCAAACUUGAAGAGUAUUAAGGAUUGGAUGAAAUCAAAUAUAUUACACAACCCUAAUGUAAGUAUAAUUUGAAAUUGUGGAUAAAACAUUGCACUUGUUAACGGUAAAAUCAGUACUGGAUCUGAUCACAUUAACUUAUAAAUCCAAGGACGCAGAUGGGUUAUGCUGUGAAAUAUUUUAUACGAAUAUUUAAGUAACACGACAAACUUCUUCUGAACUUUUACGUCAACUUGUCGGCAUAGCAACCAUAGCGAGCAUUAACAGCAACAAACAAAACAAUGACAAAAUCAACCAAUCAAAAGGUGUCAGCCCUGAACUCAACACAAAUAUAAGAUUUUUACACUGAUACUAGGUUUAAGUCCCAUUGAUGCAGUACAGAAAACCAUGGCAACAUCUCACUAAUAUUUUAAUAACUAAAAGCAUUGUUGUUACCUAAUAACUGCAAAUAUAAAUGUUAUUUCUGUCUGUUUUUAACCGGACAAUGAGAGCAGACCUAUGUUAAAGUGGUACCUGGUCUUUUUAUUGUUCUGUUGAUUAUCUUCCUUUGGUGUGGGAUCAAGAGUGGAGAGCGAUUAUGGAUCUGUUCAAAUUUGGAGGAUUUUUAUGUUAUUUUUGUUUUUCUUUUUUUGUAAAUUCAAUCCUCAGUUUUCAAAAAAUCCCUUAACUGAAAAGUUAUUUUUAUGGCGUAGUGUUUUUGGACAAUUUUGCUCCUUGGAUUGGAUUUUUUUCGUCUGUUAAUAUGGACGUUUGUAGCACAGUUUCUGGCCUCAGGUACUGUGUGUGAAGAUCAAGAGGAACCGGUAAUUAAGCUCUCUUACUAUUAUUAUUAUUAUUAUUAUUAUUGCACUUUUGGAGAAAAUACACAGAAAUACAUUGACAGUGGAUGUUUAGGUUUGAAAUUAACAAUUAUGGAAAUGACUUAAUAAAGACUGACCUAGGACGAGUCUUCACAAUGCUUAUGUAUCUGAGUUACGGCCGAAUAAUGUGGAUUUACAUGGAGAAAAAACAAUAUGUCUUUCAUUUUUUUAUUUCUUACAUCAAAAUAAUUUACCAGGAAAUCAUAGUUUGUGCCUUUCUAAGUAAAAUGUUUAAAGCUC